AUGUCCAUGUCCUCGGAACUGUACACCUCCUCUCGCCACCGCUACCGCUGCGGCGUAGACGGCUGCUGGCGGGAGCCGGUGUUUUCUGCCCCAACUCAGGGGCGCGGCUAUUCCUACUUCGGCGACUACUGCGAGGACCACACCUGCGGCAUCGACGGAUGUCCCCUGCCGAGCGACGGCGACGCCCCCUACUGCUACGAGCACGGGUGCUGGUACGCCGGGUGUCCCCUGCCGUCCAUGGCCGCCGCCGGCGGAUAUGAUCCCCGCAGCCGAGCCUGCCAAGACCACGCCUGCCGCGCCGACUCCUGCCCAUCGGUCUGCGCCCCCGCCAGCGGCAGCAGCGGCAGCGGAAGCGGCCUCCACUGCGCCCGCCACGCCUGCCCGCGCAAGGGGUGCCGCAACCCCAAGCCCGCCGACGCGGCCGCGUGCGCCGAUCACGCCUGCCCCGUCGAUGGGUGCCGGUCCGCCGUCGUCGCCGUCCGCCGCAGCGGCGCCGGCGCCGAGGCCUGCGCGCUACACACGUGCCGCGCCGAUGGAUGCGUCCGCGCCCAGGACGGAGGCGGUGGCGGCGGGUUGUAUUGCGCGGACCACGCGUGCAGGUGGUCGUUCAAGACGUGUCGGCGCCAGGCCGGCAAGGGGAGGGAGUACUGCGAUAGCCACGGGUGCGCGGUGGCGUCGUGUCCGCUGCCGUGUCGGCGGGCGGGUCGCCUGUGCGCUGACCAUGGGUGCUGGUUCGUCGGCGGGGAUGGGAGCGGGGAUGGUGCGGCGGAAUGUCCCAGCGGGCCCAAGGGUCUGGGCCGCUUCUGCGCGGCGCACACGUGUCGGGUGCGGGCGUGCCUCGAGGCUGUGGCGGUGGCGGCGGCGACGGGGACGCCGAGGAGGUUCUGCGCGGGGCAUGCUUGUGCUUGGGAGGGGGAUGGGCCCGGGGGGUGUCCGGCUAGGAGGCGUGGGGGUGGGGGGUUCUUCUGCGAGGGGCAUGCUUGUGCGCGGAGGGGGUGCGUCGGGGCGCGGGGCAGUGGAACCGGUUCUUAUUGCGCGGAGCAUGAGAGGCCUGCUAAGGAGGGGUCCGGGUCGGCGGCGGCGGUGGCGGGGACGGGGAGUUCGGUGGUGGGGCGGUCGCGUAGGGCGGGGCCGGUGCCGGCUGGGCAGCUUGCUAGGAUGUUCCAGGAGGAUCCUAGGGCCGUGUACGCCAUGGCGUAUACGCAGGGGUGGGAGGGGAAGGGCGGGCGCGAGAGGUACGACCGGCUCAGGGGCUACCUGGACAAGGCGAUGGAGUCCCAGCUCAGGCUGUGGUCGCUCGAGACGGAAGGGCUGGAGGAGCCGAGGCUGAUCCUGCAGGAGGCCGCUGCUGAGGAGGUGACGAGCCCUGUUGCCGAGGAGAUGGAGAGGAGGGCUGGUGCCGGGGAUGCGCGGAUCCCGCCUGCGGAGCCGGCUAUAUCCACUGACCCUGCCGUGGAGGGAACGGAGCCAACAACUUCAUGA